AUGGACGCCUUUGUCUCCAGGAAACGCAGACGAGUCUCGCAAGACGAUGAGCCAUCUGAUCCAUCUACCGAAGAGUCCACUGAUGUGAAACUUGCAAUAUUGAUGUCUCUUUUCCCAGACAUCAAGCAAGAUGAGCUAUUAGACAUACUUGUGUCGUGUGAAGGCUCUGUGGAAGCGGCUUCUUCAACCAUCUCCACGCAAGGGCCUGCCGCUGAAAUCCUGACGUCCAAAAAACGAGCUGUUGCAGGCUCACUUGGCACACAAACGUCUCUCUCAUCACAUGUCUUUACAACCGCUGAAGAUGGGACUCUGAAACCGAUCAAUGAGACAGGAAUCAAGAAGAAGACUCCGCCUACGAGAAAAGGCAAAACUCUACACCUCUACUCACCCGAAGAUAUCGCAGCAUACACGCCAUGCACAAUCAUUCACAACUUUUUGUCACCAGAAGAAGCGAACAAACUGUUGCUGGAGCUUCUAGAAGAGUCCAAGUAUCUAACCCGAUCUACAUUUCAACUCUUCAGUCGCUCUGUUCAGAGUCCCCACACACAUGCCGUGUAUGUCUCCACACCCGAGGAACAGCAGCAGCAGAUAUCCGAGUACACAUAUGGUGGUACAUAUAGCUCAAAUGUGAGACAAGCAACGCCGAACUUACGCUCGGUAUCACGUCAAGUCCAAACCGUGGUCAACGGCGAGAUUGAAAAACGGAUCCGCGACGUCUACCCAAAUGGAAAGAAACUCCAGUAUCAGUCAUCGAAAGAAUGGAAGCCCAAUGCAGCCUUUGUCAACUGCUAUGAUGGCCCAACCGAAAAUGUGGGCUAUCACUCCGAUGAUCUGACUUAUCUCGGGCCUCAUCCCGUCAUUGGAAGCCUGAGCCUCGGCGUGUCGCGCGAAUUUCGUAUCCGCCGUAUGGUAGCCCAGGACGACGACGAAAGCAAGGAAAACGAAUCGACCGACUCAAAUGUCCGGAAUCAGAAUGCAGCCGCGCGCGCCGAUUUACAAGGCCAGAUCUCAAUUCAUCUCCCCCAUAAUUCACUGCUAGUGAUGCAUGCAGAAAUGCAAGAAGAGUGGAAGCACUGUAUUGCGCCCGCACAAAGUAUCGUUCCACAUCCGGUGUCUGGAAACCGUCGAAUCAACAUCACCUACCGGUGGUAUCGUGAUUCUCUUCAUCCCCGGUAUACGCCGCGCUGCAAAUGUGGACAGCACGCGAUUCUUCGAUGUGCGCACCGUAAGCACGAAACGCGGGGGCGAUAUAUGUGGAUGUGCUAUGCCGGUUAUACCCCGGGAAAUGAGGGCUGCUCAUUCUUUCAAUGGGCGGAAUUUGAUGAUGAUGGCGAUCCCGUGUGGGACCAUAAAGAGUUUAAUGACCCGGCCCCUGCUCUGGACAACUUCUCGGCUUCACAAUAG